GCAACGAUGGAGCAAAGGGUUACAGUGUUAAGUUUAGUGCUGCUGGUGCUACUACUAGUUGCAGCAGGUUUUGCGAACGAAACACAACAAGCAGCAGCACGUGCAGAAGGUGCGGAUUUUAAAGGGAAAAAAGUGGUAUGCUAUGUGGGCACCUGGGCUGUUUAUCGGCCCGGUAAUGGACGCUUCGACAUCGAGCAUAUAGAUUCGUUCCUGUGCACUCACCUGAUGUAUGGAUUUUUCGGCAUCAACGAAGAUGCGACGGUUCGGGUAAUCGAUCCAUAUUUGGAUCUCGAGGAGAAUUGGGGCCGUGGUCAUAUCAAACGGUUCGUGGGGUUGAAAAAUGUAUCACCGACGCUAAAAACGCUUGCUGCAAUCGGUGGCUGGAACGAGGGCUCUCGGAAGUUCUCCCUGAUGGCUGCCAAUGCUGAGCUGCGAAAGCGCUUCAUUUACGAUUGUGUGGCGUUCUGCCAGCGGCACGGGUUCGAUGGAAUCGAUCUCGAUUGGGAGUAUCCGGCACAGCGGGACGGUAAUGCAGCCGUUGAUAAGGACAAUCAUGCACUGUUGGUGGAAGAAAUGCGGUUGGCAUUCGAUCAGUACGGAUUACUGUUGACGGCAGCGGUUGCAUCGGUAGAGUUUUCUGCCGGCGUAUCGUACGACAUACCGCGUAUAGCGAAGAGUUUCCACUUCCUAAACGUCAUGGUGUACGAUAUGCACGGUGCUUGGGACAGUUACUGUGGUAUCAACGCACCGCUAUACCAAGGUUUGGCCGAUACGACGACAACGCAGCGACAGCUUAACGUUAACUCCAGCAUACAGUACUGGCUAUCGCAAGGUGCGCCGGCUGAGAAGCUUGUGCUGGGUAUUCCACUGUACGGGCGAAGCUUUACGCUGGCCAACGCUGCCAACAGUCAGAUCGGUGCAGCUACUGUCGGGGCAGGAACAGCUGGACCAUAUACACGCGAGCCAGGUGUAAUGGGAUACAACGAGUUUUGCGAGAAGCUUCAAACCGAAUCGUGGGAUUUACGGUGGAGCGAAGAGCAGCAAGCACCGUACGCGGUACGAAACAAUCAGUGGUUAGGAUAUGAUGAUCUACGUACGGUACAGUUGAAGAUAAAAUACCUGCAAGAUCUUGGAUUGGGCGGUGCAAUGGUGUGGUCUCUUGAGACGGAUGACUUCCGUGGACUGUGUGGGGGUGGAAAAUAUCCACUGAUGCAUGAAAUCCGGUCACUCUUAAAUGGCGGUACCCCAAGUCCAACAACUCAACCACCAUCGCCUGCACCCACUAAGACAAGCACCAGCAAUCCGGGUGGAGGAAAUCCAGGCACAACGUUGCCACCUUCAAAUGAUAGCCCAUGUUCCGGUGGGCAAGUGGGAUUCGUACCAAACCCGAACCAUUGCAACAGGUACUAUAUGUGUCUCACGGAGGAUACGUACUUUGAAUUUACAUGCCCAGCAGGUACGCUGUUCGAUCCAAACCUGAACGUUUGCAACUGGGCCGACCAGGUAAAGUGUUCAAAUGAAUGAAUGAAAUGAGUGUAGGAGCUAGUUUUACGUUUUGUAAUAAAUUAUUUAUAACGAAUAAAAUCCCAUAAUAUCCACAAAGAA